CCGAAAUGGUUAAGAGGGUCGAGUUUCAAUCGGAACCAAGACCCGAUAAAACCCGAACUGAUGACCAGAGUCCAGAGGCAUCGUUUCUCUCUCUCAUCGUCUCACAGAGCUCAAUCUAUUUUUUCUCUCUACUUGCUAGAGAUGAAACUUUCCCGAUUUGCGGAUUCAGUCGUGGAGAUUCGCUGCUUUCUUUGCGGCCGGCCCCUGUUACUGUCCCUGCAAACCGGUUUUUGAAACUAAACUAGAGCUGGAGAGUGUGGCGAGCGUGAGCUAAGCGGGUAAGCUACUACUACUAUAGUACAGUUGAGAGGAAAUCAAGCAAGCAGCUGCGGAUAAUGAAUCUCGUCGUGAUUCUCUCGGCGUCCAUCGCUCUCGGCCUCGCUGUUCUUUAUCUUCCGCUUCUGAAACUCUCUCCGCCAUUCGAUUUCCGCCUCUCCUCGUCCAAGUCGGCGAACCAAGUACCCUUUGCAGAGCUGGUGCUGAAAAAUGGCGUUAUUUUCACCAGCGACUCUUCUCUACCUUUUGCGGAUUCCAUGGCUGUGAGAAACGGAAGGAUUCUUGGGGUUGGAAACUACUCGUCGCUCCAGGGAUUGAUUGGAAACGAUACCCAGGAGUUGAAUCUUCAAGGGAAGGUUGUGAUUCCUGGGUUUAUCGAUUCUCAUGUCCAUUUCAUUCCUGGCGGAUUGCAGAUGGCACGAGUCGAGCUGCGAGGUGUUAAUCAGAAGGCAGAGUUUAUAAACAGAGUGAAAGAGGCAGUCACAAAACUACCACAGGGAUCCUGGGUUCUUGGUGGCGGAUGGAACAAUGAUUUGUGGGGCGGAGAAUUACCAAUGGCGUCAUGGAUGGACGAUUUCAGCAGUGAGAACCCUGUGUGGUUGACGAGGAUGGAUGGUCACAUGGGGCUAGCCAAUUCAUUGGCACUAAAGUUGGCUGGAAUCAGUAGUGAUUCUUCAGAGGAUCCAAUUGGGGGAACUGUAAUGAAAACCGCUCUUGGAGAGCCUACUGGACUGCUGAUAGAUGCUGCGAUGAAACUCGUCGUAACCUCGAUUCCAGAGGUCUCUGUCACCGAAAGGAGGGAAGCUUUGCUCAGAGCUACAGGGCUUGCCUUGAGGAGGGGUGUGACGACUGUUGUUGAUUUCGGCAGAUACUUCCCUGGAGGAUCACCAGAAGAUCCUUGGGAGGACUUUGCAGAUGUGUAUCAGUGGGCUGAUUAUUCAGGAAAGUUGAGGACCAGGAUGUGCUUGUUCUUUCCAUUGGAAACAUGGUCUCGAGUAGCUGAUUUCGUCAAGAAAUCGGGGCGUGCUUUGAGUGAUUGGGUUUAUCUGGGCGGUGUUAAGGCUUUUGCUGAUGGCUCUUUAGGUUCAAACAGUGCACUAUUCCACGAGCCCUAUUUUGACGAGCCUCAAAAUUAUGGCCUUCAGUUGAUAGACAUGGAGAGUCUUUUCGACAUGACUGCAGCUGCAGAUAAACUCGGACUGCAGGUUGCCGUUCAUGCCAUUGGUGAUAAAGCGAACGACAUGGUCCUGGAGGUGUACGAUUCCGUUGUAUCAGCAAAUGGAAAGAGAGACAGAAGAUUCAGGAUCGAGCAUGCUCAGCAUUUGGCACCUGGGACAGUCGAUCUAUUUGGCGAACGACAGGUUUUCGCUUCGGUGCAGCCGGAUCACCUACUCGACGAUGCUGGCACUGCUGCCAAAAAACUUGGGACAGAGAGGGCUAUGAGAGGGUCUUACCUAUUUCAUUCCCUCUUGGCUAGCAAUGCACAGCUAGCAUUGGGGUCCGAUUGGCCUGUCGCUAACAUAAAUCCGUUAGGAAGCAUCAGAACAGCAAUGAAAAGAGUGCCUCCUGACUGGGGGAGUGCUUGGAAUCCAGCUGAGUGUCUCUCCCUAACUGAUUCCUUGAUUGCGCACACUAUAUCAGCAGCUCGAGCAUGCUUCCUCGAAGACAAGUUGGGAUCUUUGUCACCUGGGAAAUUAGCCGAUUUCGUGAUACUCUCCAUCGAUUCAUGGGAUGACUUUGCGGCAGAAGGGUCUGCUUCGGUUGAGGCAACAUACAUUGCUGGAGUGAAGGCCUAUCCCUAGAACUGAGAUAUCACAUUUGCUUGCAAGCAAACUGAGGGUAUCUCCUUUUCCUCUUGUGUUCCGUUGCAGGAACUUUCAAUUCAAGAAAAACUGGCGUUACUUGCUGACUGCCUCCGUUGCCUAUUACUAUUUCGUAGUAUGGGAAGCGAAUAUUCGAGAAGUGUGAAGUGUCGCUGUGUCGGUAUAAAGUAUUAGAAAAGGU